AUGUCUUUCCAAUCCCUCGUGGGUGGAGCCGACUGUGGACCCUCAAACGGUCUUCAGUCGCUCAUGAAGCAUUCUCAAACCGAUCGCUCCCUCCAACAAGGAGAUCGAACCAAUGCACCCUCUUCUCUUCCCGGCGCCUCCUUCCGACAGGGUCGUCAAGCCCCUGGUCCAACAGGUCCAUCAGACGCACAAGCCUUCUUCGGCAACGCGCCUCCUCCUCAGCUCAAUGGCGACUUUGGUCCUAUGGAUGGAGCUUUUCAGUUCGACAAGAUGAGAACGGAGAUGGAGCGCAUGCAGAGGAGCGGAAAUGUCCCCUCGGGAUGGGCUCAAGAGAUGAGCAGGAUCCCUCAACAAGCUCCACAUGCCGAUCUGGGUGAGUCGGUUCGCAUUUUCGUUCUCAGCUUGAAAGCGCGUCCUCAUUAGCUUCCCUGCCUGCGUCCCCCCUUCCAGCCGGAGCUUGGAGGCAGCAGUUCUCCACGCAGCCUUCGGACGCCGCUGCCGCUGCUCGCUCGUCCAACGGCACUCCCACGCCAUCAGGCGCAUCCACCACAGCUCGACCUGGCACUUACGGAGGAGGUAUGAUGGGCGGUUUUGGCGGCAUGGGCAUGAUGUCUGGCGGCAUGAUGGGUCAAGGUUCCAUCAUGCGCAACAGCGCUCAGCGGUCCGAGACGAGUGCUCAGAAUUCGCGCUUCACCGAAUUGUCAGACAAGCAAUGGGAGGAAGAGUUUGCAAGACUGGAUGCUGCUGAAGCUGAAGCUGCUACGGACAAGGGCAAAGGCAAAGGCAAAGCUUCCGAAGAGUUGGACACGGAAGAGGAGCAGGAUAGAAAAGUCCGGGAAGCGCUCGACAGGCUCGAGACUGAUGUCAGGGACGAAGGCUUGAAUGCGGAUAGACGUUUCGAAGAGCUUUGGAACGCGAUGCAUGCCAACGGAGCCAUCCCACCUUCCGGUGCUGAUGCUGAGCUCAAGCGAUUUGAAGAGCUUAUGCAGAGACAGCGAGAGAAGGACGCGGAGGACGAUGAGCAAGUGCCUGACCUCGACGAAUGGGCAUACACACAUCCCUCUGGCGGACUGGGUGGAGGUGUAGAAGGUCUUCAUGAACGUGGAAGAUUCGACGGAACCGAGGAUCACCUCAUGGAUGGGUAUGGAACCACUGGCAUCGAUGGAUUCCCUCGACUUGGAGCUUAUCGAUUCGCUCAGGAGAAUCCCUUCUCCACACACGAAAACCCCAUGGCAGAGGGCCUGAGACUCUUGGCUAACGGAGGAAGCCUUGCGGAUGCAGCUCUGCUAUUCGAGGCAGCAACUCAGAGAGACGUGGAAGGAGGCAGCGGAGGUGAACUUCAAGAGGUCAAUCGCGCCCUGAGAGAAAAGAGUGAAGCGUGGAGAAGACUUGGUGAAGCCAUGGCGAUGAAUGAGAGAGAGACGCAAGCCAUCAGGGCAUUUGAAGAGGCAGUCAAGCUUGACGAGAACAAUCUAGAGGCGUACAUGGUGAGUAAGAGGGCUCGACCUUUGAACUGUAGAUUGUGCUGAUAAUCGCUCAUCACCGCUCUGUGGCAGGCCCUCGCCAUCUCGUACACCAACGAAGGCUAUGACGCGGCAGCGCACACCACGCUCGAGCGAUACAUGGCGAAAGCCUACCCUCACAUCACAGCUAGCGCGCCACCGGAAAUAGCAGGUUCCAAGGACCCAAUCGAGGGGACGGAAGGCAAUCCAUGGGCGUCGCUUAACAAGGUGACGGAGAUGUUCCUAUCCGCAGCGAGAGAAGGAGCCUCCAAAGGAGUGAUUGACCCGGAGAUUCAAGUGGGCUUGGGAGUCCUGUUCUAUAGCAACAGCUCUUAUGAAGAAGCCAAAGACUGCUUCCAGACUGCUUUGCAAGCUCGGCCCAACGACUUUCUGCUCUGGAACAGGCUUGGAGCUACUUUGGCCAACGGUGGUAAACCUGAAGAGGCCAUCGAAGCAUAUCACAAGGCCCUUGAGCUCCGUCCCACCUUCACCAGAGCCAUCUAUAACCUUUCCGUCUCAUGUGAGUGAUCCUUUGCACAACCCAUGCUCUGGCUGUGUGGCGUAAUGCUGACGAAGAUUACACUUGCUUCGAUGGUCGCCGCGAUAGGCUUGAAUUUGGGAGCGCAUCACGAAGCUGCAGAGCACCUCUUGGCUGCCCUCUCGCUGCAGCAGUCCCAUGCAGCUCUGAAUCUUCCUGAAGGAUCUCAUGUGGACGCACCCAGACCUCCGCCGCUCGCGGAGGCUCAAGAGUCUCACAACCUCUGGUCCACCCUGCGCAGAAUUUGUGAGUGCUUUUGUGGUAGCGAGCGAGCGUACUUUGGUGGGCAUCGUCAAGACUGAUACGCUCCACGCUCUCCUCCUGCAGUCAUCGUCAUGGAGCGCAUGGACCUUGCCCAGCAUGCGCACGUCGGCGCUGAUCUUGCCCAAUUCCACAAGGCUGGAUUUGAGUUCUGA